GGUCAGAUUUGUCGAAUGAGUGUUUUUAAGAGAAACAAAAUUACUGACAUUCCUUCGGUGCUGUAUAAAUACGCUGUCAUUGCGGUCCUCAAACCCAGGGAAAGUGUUCGAGAGGAGAUACACACGAGCUUUGACUCGCCAGCUCUGCAGCUUCGUCGAGGAAAAAAUAUGUCGCGGAAAAUGAGCAGUAGCGCGUUUGUGCAUUGCGCGACAACACUGCUUCUCUUAGUGGCAUUUUCGUUCCUACGUGUUCUCAGCAUUUUUCCCAGAACGAGAUCGAUCGUUAUUAAAAUGAUGGACUUGAUAUCGGUAGUACCUCUGCCAAAGGAAAUGUACUGGAAUUCACUGUUCAAUUGGGAGAUGUUAAAAUCUGUGCGCAAUUCCAUCCAUCUCGAGCUGCAAAAAACUGCAAGAAAGGACCACACUGCUCCGGACCCUCUCCUAGUUUCCUUAGACGGAGAGUCGCAAAUUCGACUGCUUAGCUUUUGCAAGGGGAGCCGUCCACUAGUUGUCAACUUCUGCAGCUGGACUUGUCCAGUUUUCAGAGCAAGGGUGGGCGAAUUUCUAAACGUAGUGCAAGAAUUCAGUGAUGUCGCUGAUUUCCUUUCUAUCUACGUCGAGGAAGCUCAUCCAACGGACGGUUGGGCCUUUGAGAACAACGUCGAAAUUUCAACCCACAAGACCUUAGAGGAUAGAUGCCAAGCCGCAAAGCUCAUGCAGGACUCUGUGCAGUUUAACUGUCCCAUAAUGAUAGAUACAAUGGAGAAUGAAGCUAAUAAUGCAUACGCUGGGUUACCUAUCAGACUUUACGUGAUAAAGAACAAGAAAGUGAAAUUUGCUGGUUUAGCUGGACCGACAUUCUACGACCCACAAAAUGUGAGACAGUGGCUUAAGGAAUACAAGGUUGAGUUUAUGAAAACUGGCCGUCAUCGGGCGUAAAGUAUUGGGAACAACUGCGUCAAGGAACAAACAAGACUCUAAUGACAAAUGCAUCUCCAUCGAAAAAGCCACGCAAGGAAAUACAAUUAGGAUAAAUGACUAAAACCGGAAGUUUAUAACAAUGCAUCAACGAAAAGAUCUGGGAAUCCUCGCUUCAAACGUUUCGAACAAUGACCAAGAACGAUGUCGAAAGAAACACUUAUAUUUAAGGUAGAUUCGAGGUAGUAACAAACAAAGAGAUUUUGUUGACGUGUUUUGAUGCCGUGGUAGACCGCGUUACUGCAAUGUUUUUUUUUAACUUACUUACAAGCAGUUGAGUCACUGAUCUGUAGAAACAGCGUCUUAGACGGUCGCGACAACUUUAAUUCUAAGCUCUGUAUAAUAAUCGAUGAAAGGGAACCUUUGUAGCUCAACUAGUCAUUCCAUCGUGCGAAAACACGAAUGUAAAUAAAACGCGUGUUAACUAGUCUA